GGCGAGAAAGUAGACAAAUGGGUCAAUGAAGUUACUAAACUCGCAGAUUUCGCCAUAUCACAGCCUCAAGCCUGCUAUGCAGCCUUCACUUUUGGUCUGCGGCACCGUUGGACAUAUUUCCUAAGAACAUUACCGGAUAUUGCAGAAUUACUUGAGCCACUCGAGCGCGCGAUUAAUGAGCUUCUCAUACCAGCUGUCACUGAACAUACAGUCACUAAAGUAAAGCGCGACCUCCUUGGUUACCCUGUGCGCAUGGGAGGCCUUGGAUUCACAGAUCCUGUAGUGACCUCAUCUUCUGAAUACGAGGCUUCAAUCGAAGUUACUAAUCCGCUCGUAAGGCGAAUUGUUGAGCAAAAGCACCAGCCUCCAGAUGCCUCAGAAAUUCAAACACUGCAACUGAGCACACGAACACAAAAAGAUGACUGUCUAAGUGAGAUGCUGGAGCAAGUGAAGAACCCCCUGCCGACAAAAGCUAAGCGAGCUGUUGAGUUAGCUACAGAGAAGGGAUCAUCAAAUUGGCUGACCGUGAUUCCCCUUAAAGAGUUGGAUUACAAUUUGAAUAAGAAGGAUUUUAGAGAUGCAAUCAAGUUA